GACAAGUGAUUCGUUUCCUUUAGCAGGGUAUGUACAAGUAUCCUCUCGUUGUGAUAUUGUCAAACGCUUUAGGUCACUUGGGAAUUCCCGAGACACAACAUUGCUCUUCAUAGCAACUAUUUCCCCCUGUGGAACCGUAUUGGAGAAAUACAAUGCCAAAAUCCAAACAAUUAAAACUCUAUCCUCUGUUUCGUCGACCCUCUGAGGUCUCUUCAGUAGACCAUGUCAAGAACGACACGGGUAACGCAAUCGAUGUCGACAGCGAUAGUGACGAAGACAAUAUUCCCCUGACCAGCCUAUUGCUUUCCCGACCGACGCCAAGCCAGGAUUCCAAUGGUAUAGAGAGGAAUCGAAAACCGUCKGGAGCAAAAAGUGGCCUAAAAGCGCUCAAGGGCCAAAAGAAAAACGAGAAGAAACGGCUUGCGUCUGCUGUGUCGGCGAGUGCUCAUUGUGACAACACAGAGAACAAAAAUCCUCGAUUCAAUGCACCUGCUACCGAUUGCAAGCAAAAAGAAAUUAAAACCAGAGUAGAAGAAUCCUUUGCUCCAUCGAAGAAGAUGUCAAAACAUACAAAAAUAGGUAGAAAGGCAACGGUCCAGGCGACAAUCACAGCUGCCAUUGCGUCGGCGAAUGAUCAUACAAAAAAACCUGCUCAGACGAAGCGUGCGGCGGACUCAGAUAAUCCAGAUGGGGAAAGGGAAAUAAAGCUCGAAACACUUCUCAAAUCUGAAAUCAAUAAAAAUAGCGCUCCCCUGUCAUCAAAAACAUUGCCAACGAAUCACUGUUCUAGCGACGAAAAACACAAGAAUGGUAGCCGAUGGAAAGUGGGCGUUCCGCUUUUCAGUCAAUCAACGAUGGAUUUUGUUGCAUCGGAGGGGGGUGAUUCCAAGGAACCGUUUCGGAAGAAUAUCGUCCAUACCCUCAAUAGAAGAACCACCCACGGUGGUUGUCUGGUGCAAGGCCCGCUCCGUCGCCACUAUUCUCCUUCUAGCAAGGCAAGGAUGGAGCAAAACCGAAGAUCGUCGUUACCUCUUUCGUCGUCCUGGCCCACAAAAUUGAAAAUUCCCUCCUGGAUCUCCCUGGAACAACCAUUGACGGGGAACACAGCAAGUAGCAUUGGGGGGAACAUCGAUCACAUGGCUUGGGAUGCAAUGGGGGUUCUACUCGCCGUUUCCAGCGACCGAACCAUACGCAUUUACGACUGGGACAUGCUCAGAGCCGCCGACAUACGGGGGCGGAGCGACCGCGCCCGAAAUACAAACGACCAUACCGAGUUCAAAAUCCCCCCUAUUGUUAACUUUCAACUCCCACACCCCGUGUCGAGUCUCGUAUGGAACCCGUUCGAAAUGGACGAGUUGGCUGUUGGAUUUCGGUAAGAAGGGCCUUCUGUUUACAAUUGAUUUGUUUGCUUUUGGAUUCCAAAUAGUCGAUAAUUGCUUACAACUUCGUACGUGGGGGGCUUUCAACUUUCUUCUGUAUUGGAUAGCGUGUCGGGGCAAACCAUCAUUUACAACGUCGAUCGAGUUGCUCGGUGGAUAGCAAAAGAUCCCUCGAGGUACAAUCGGCGCCCUCUACCCCAUUCAACUCAUCAGAGCAUUGUGCUGCAGCGGGUCACCGGAUCGAUUGGAGAUAUACUUUUCUUGGAUGCAGACAACAUGUUGAUUGCUGUAGGGAACACCUUAUUCCGAUGGAAACGCAAUCUAGAAAAAUUACGGCGUCUCAAACAGCGUCAACCAAACGGAGCUUUUGCCUCCGGAAUUCUUGUUUGGCGCUAUCAGCCACCGUCACCCGUGACCUCCAUGGCACUGAUCGGAUCGAAUAUGGUCAUCGUUGGAACCAAUCGUGGGCACCUGCUUUUGAUCGAUUGGACCAAACGGACCAAGGUCACGCUUUCUUUCUCCCACGAACACCGACCUAAAGUCCUCCAGUCCUGGCUUCCACACGAGCGUCUGAAGGCCACGCAUGAAGACAAGGGUCUACGGAAUAGGAUGGGAAUCGUGAAGUUAAGAGUAGAGAGCAGCAACCAGAGUUGCACCGUGGGGAAGAAGAACUGGGGCCGCUGCCGUGUAUUGUGGGUGACACUUAGUGGCUGGCUACUAUCCACGAUACUAGAAUCAGCUGUUCGGAUUUCAGAGCCUUGCCUUGUCCAUAGUGCAAGCCCCAAGGUUAUGUACACGAACUCUGACGGAAUUCCAAUCACGACAGACAAGAGAAGCUGGAGCCUACCAUAUAAUCCCAUAGGCGUUGAUAUGUCCAAUCAACAUUCGGCCUGCUGGGUAGGGGUUCCUGGCGUUACGAGAAAACUCUCGCACCACGAUAAGUUUGUAUUGGAUUCACAACCAAGCACUGUCGUUUCCAAGCGAAGGUCGUUGAUGGUUCAUGGUAUUGGAGACAAAAUACGAAACAUUCCUCUUCCAGGAAUCGUGAAAGGUCUACCGCAAUCGAUCGCUGUUCAUCCCAGUUUUGAAUGGAUCUUAGUUGGUGAAGGAAAAAGGCUUCACGUGAUGGUUGGCUCAGGGCGCGCCAAUACAAAUGGCUAAUAUUUACUACUAGAAAACAAGUUUCAAACAUCAACUACUUUCUAACAUCUCAAACAAAAGUCUAUCAAAAUU